AUGCAAAGAGGAGGCAAAGGGAAGACUCCUCGGAGGCCUGUCCUCAAGAAGCAGACCAGUGUAGAGAGAGAUCCUGUGGGCGUUUACUGUCGUAUACGUCCCAUUGGUGCUGAAAAUGAGGAAUGUUGUAUUGAGAUGAUCAGUAACACCACAAUUCAGCUGCAUGCCCCCAAUGGCCUGAAAGCCAACCGCAAUGGUGAAUAUAAGGAGACUCAAUACUCCUUUAAAAGGGUUUUUGGUAUAAAUACCAAUCAGAUUGAGCUGUUUGAGGAUGUUGCCAAGCCACUGGUGGAAGACCUCAUUCACUGUAAAAAUGGUCUGCUGUUCACGUACGGUGUUACUGGAAGUGGUAAGACUUACACCAUGACUGGCUCACCUGGGGAAGGUGGACUCCUCCCUCGUUGUUUAGACAUGCUCUUCAACAGCAUUGAGCCUUUUCAGGCCAAAAGAUUUGUGUUUAAACCAGAUGACAGAAAUGGAAUAGAGAUCCAGAGCCAAGUUGAUGCUCUCCUUGAGAGACAGAAACGAGACAGUCAUCAGUCACUGCCGAAAACUCCAUCUUCCAGACUGAAGGCUGAUCCAGAAUUUGCUGAUAUGAUCAACCCAGAAGAGGCUUGUAAAUGUAAAAAUGUAGAUGAAGAUGGUUGUUAUAGCGUCUUUGUGUCCUACAUCGAGAUCUACAACAACUACAUCUACGAUCUCCUAGAAGAUGCUCCGUUUGAUCCGAUCAGACCAAAGCCACCUCAGUCCAAAAUUCUUCGGGAAGAUCAGAAUCAUACCAUGUAUGUGGCUGGCUGCACAGAAGUUGAAGUCAAGUCUACAGAGGAGGCUUUUGAAGUCUUUUGGAAAGGACAAAAGAAAAGGAGGAUAGCCAACACUCAGCUGAAUCAUGAAUCCAGUCGCUCCCACAGUGUGUUCACAGUGAAGCUAGCCCAGGCACCACUCGAUGCUGAUGGUGACUACAUACUGCAGGAUAAAAGUCAGGUGAAUGUGAGCCAGCUGUGUCUGGUUGAUCUGGCGGGCAGUGAACGCACCAGCAGAACUAGAGCAGAGGGAAGCCGUCUUCGUGAAGCAGGUAAUAUUAAUCAGUCCCUGAUGACGCUGCGUACAUGUAUUGAGGCCCUGCGUGAAAAUCAGAUGUAUGGAACUAAUAAGAUGGUGCCAUACAGAGACUCAAAGGUUACACAUCUUUUUAAAAACUACUUUGAUGGAGAGGGAAAAGUCAAGAUGAUUGUAUGUGUCAACCCAAAGGCAGAGGAUUAUGAAGAAACGAUGCUGGUGAUGCGCUUUGCUGAAAUGACUCAGGAGGUGGAGGUCGCUCGGCCAGUUGAUCGGCCAAUCUAUGGCCUUGUAGCAGGGCGGAGACAAAGAAAUCAGGCUUUCAAAGAGGAGUUGUCUCGACGCCUGGAAGAGAGAGGAGGCCCAAGUAAUGCAGAUUUCCCAGUUCAGCUGAACCAGUUGAUUGAAAGCCUCCCAGCCCUUCCUCCCUGUGAGCUGGUGGACCCUGCUGAUGAUCAAACGUUGCCCCAUCUGAUCGAGGUCCUGGAAAGACGGAAGCAUAUCCGUCAGAUGAUAGCAAAGCAGUUUAAUCAAACCACCAGUAUGCUGAAGUCCAAGCUUCAGCAGUUUGACAGUCAACUCUGUGAAAAGGAGACCUUCCUCCACGACCAGAGAAACGAGCUGAACGAGAAAGAAAAAGUGAUCCUCAACCAGAAGUCGGAGAUAGAACGAUUGGAGAAAAAAUCCAAGACACUGGAAUACAAGAUUGACAUCCUUCAGAAAACAACAGAGAUGUACGAGCAGGACAAGCGCUCCCUUCAGCAGGAACUGGAUGGCAGAGAGCAGAUACUGCAGAAAGAGUUUUCAGAGAGGAGGCGCAUGGAGCAGCGGAUGCAGGGCAUGGUGACGGACACCAAACUCAAAUGGGAGAAGGAGUGUGAGCGGCGCGUGAAUGCCAAGCAGCUGGAGAUGCAGAACAAACUGUGGGUGAAGGAUGAAAAGCUGAAGCAGCUCAAAGCCAUAGUGACGGAGAACAGCAGUGGUAGCAGUCGUCCAGCUGAGCCACCACCGAAACCUGAGAGACCCUCCAGAGAGAAAGAUCUUAAUGUACCCCAGAAACGGUCUGGCUCCCCUACACCACCUCCUGACUUAGGCCAAACUCCUCUCAGACUAAAUCGAGCCAAUAUUAGGGCAGUUCAGGACCGUUUCUCUGCCUCCACUCCCUCCUCCUCUUCAUCCUAUCCUUCAGUAGCUUCUUGCAUCUCUGAGUGGGAGCAGAGGCUCCCUGUAGACCCAGUCAGCCAGUCUAGGUACCCUGGGUCUCCUCAGUACACAAGCCGAACUCCCGCCCCGUGCCACACCAACAGCGUGGGUCGCAGGAGAGAUGCAGGCACAAGGAGGGUUCCUCCGGUUCAUCCGACGCACAGGCGCUCAUGCUCUGCGGGUGGGGACAAAUGGGUAGACCACAAACCCGCUUCUAAUUUGGACCUAGGCACUGUAAUGCAGCCAAUCAUACCCAAUGCAGUCAAGGUGUCGACCCCCAACGAGAAAGCUCUGUCUAAAUGCCACAAAUACGUGCUCAGGCACCAAGAACUUGCCUCUGACGGGGAAAUCGAGACCAAACUGAUCAAGGGAGAUGUUUUUAAGACCAGAGGAGGAGGACAAGCUGUGCAGUUUACUGACAUCGAGACACUAAGACAAGAGUGCCCGACGGCACCAAGCCGUAAAAGGCGAUCAGGGUCUCAGGAGGGACCAGCUGAAAUCGAGGAUGUAGAAAACAUGGCUCCAGCAGGAGGCUCCAGUUCAGGCAAUGGGUAUCAAAAACGCAGAAGACCCUAAGAUGCUGCACAGCUGAAUGUUUCCCCCCUUCGUCUUCCUGAAGAACAUCAUCAUGUCAUGUCA